AGCGAAGCCACCUUCUCCACCUCCUCGGGCUCCGCUGCCUGGUCAGACGCACAAGUACACACGCAACGGGCCAGGACUGACUCCGUCUACUCCUUCUUCGCUCAUCUUCCACUGUCCCCCCCGCGCCUCUUCUAUUCUCCCCGGUUCCUUCCUCUCCCUUCCUUCCUUCCUCGAGAGCUGGUCUUCGUCUCCUCGAGCUGGACAGGGGCAGGGGUCAGGCGCGAUGAUGAAGGAGCGGCCGAGCUCGAAGCUGGUCCGGGGCGCCCGCCAGGAGUCGCGGCGCUUCCGCCUGCUCGUCAUCGUCGUCGGCUUCUUCCUCGUCUCCCUCACCUUCGUCGUCGUCUCCAAGCCCGAAGCCAUCCUCUUCGGCCUGAGCGGCAAGCUGCCGACGGACGAGGCGCCGGCGUCCAUCCUGAUCCAGCAGCCGGUCGACAAGCAGGCGCCCGUCGUCGCCUCCAAGAAAAUCCCCACCGGCGCUCUCGGCGGUGACCCCAAAGUUGUGGACGACGAGGCAGAUGUGAAACCAAAAGCAGAGAUCAGAGACGGCAAGGAGGAAGAAAACAACGUGCUGAGCGAGCCGGACCCGGCGAGCGGGAUGACGGAUCCCACCCACAACAGGGACGGGAGCGGCCAUAAAUCGGACUCGGAGAUGUUAGGUGGGGAGAAGAAAGAGGCGGAGAAGCAUAGAGUCACGCUCCCAACCGUCUCCAAUUACACCAUCCACGACAACGAGGACCCCUCCAAUGCUAAGCAAGAAGGUGCAAGUAAUACCCAGCAGCAGGGAAGUAAACCCUUGUGUGAUUUCUCAAAUUUCCGAGCAAAUGUUUGUGAGAUGCGCGGUGAUGUUCGAAUUCACCCGAAGGCAACUUCAGUCUUGUACAUGGAGCCUGAGGGUUCACAGAGAGACGAGGUGUGGAAGAUUAAGCCUUACCCUCGGAAAGGUGACGAGUUCUGCCUCAGCCACAUCACCGAGCUGACGGUGAAAUCAAGCAAAGUGGCGGCCGAGUGCACCAAGUACCAUGAAGUGCCUGCUGUGAUCUUUUCACUGACCGGGUACACGGGCAACCUGUUCCAUGACUUCACCGACGUGAUGGUGCCGCUCUUCACCACCGCCAGCGAGUUCAAUGGCGAGGUCCAAUUCCUCAUAACGGACAUGGCACUCUGGUGGACGAUCAAGUACCACACGGUGCUCGAGAAGUUGUCCAAGUACCCUAUUAUUGACUUUAGCAAGGAUGACCAGGUGCACUGCUUCAAGCAUGCCAUCGUCGGCCUGCACUCGUACAUGGAGUUCACCAUCGAUGCAACAAAAUCACCGCAUGGUGUCACAAUGGUUGAUUUCAACAGGUUCAUGCGUGGGGCUUACUCGUUGGGCAAGGACACCGCUGUCAUGCUCGGAGAGAACCCUAAGGUCAAGCCAAGGUUGCUCAUCAUCAAGAGGCACCGCACAAGAAUGUUCCUCAACCUUGAUGAGAUCAUUGCGAUGGCCGAGGGGCUCGGCUUUGAGGUGGUGAUUGAUGAGGCCAAUGUGAGCUCCGACAUCUCUGGGUUCGCGAAGCUGGUUAACUCAGUUGACGUGAUGAUGGGUGUCCAUGGGGCUGGGCUCACGAACUGCGUGUUCUUGCCACAGAAUGCCACACUCAUUCAGAUUGUGCCAUGGGGCGGCCUGGACUGGAUAUCCCGCAUUGAUUUUGGUGACCCAGCUGAGAUGAUGGGUCUAAGGUACAAGCAGUAUGCUAUCGGUGUCGACGAGAGCAGCCUCACCGAUCAAUACCCGAGGGACCAUGAGAUCUUCAAGAACCCUAUCUCGUUCCACAAGCGUGGAUUUGAGUUCAUCAGACAUACAUUCAUGGACAAGCAGAAUGUGAAGCUGGAUUGCAAGAGGUUCAGACCUAUUCUCUUGGAGGCACUGGACAAUCUCAACCCGUAAAUAGAACUGGUCUUCGAUGCUCUUGUACAACCUUCCACGUUUACCAGAUUCAUUUUGUGUAAAAUUUGUUGUUCAUUCUCUCGUGGCCUGUAUGAGAAUGUAUGAAUUAAUGUAUGGUCUCAUCUAUAGAAUUUUUUUUCUAGGAGUUACUUGUGUAAACUAUCAUAUAAAUUAUCCGUCGCAGCGUCGCUGCAAGAUGGAACGAAAUUCAUUCUAAUCAUAAUAUAGGUCCCUCAGGCUCA